CAGGCCGUCCCGUCAUGCUUCGCUGAAUGUGUGAUAAACGCUGAGUAUUUAUUAGGAUGAGAGAAAAUUGAAUACACAACAAGAAUAUCUUUGGAUGUAGCGUUAUCAAUCUGGAAGAUGAAGUUUCGUGUGUAGAUAAACAUUAAUAGCGACCAGAUAGGAGGAAAAUAUCGAAUCAUGUGGAUUUUACUGGCGGUCUCAGCCUUGCAGGUCACGGUUACGUUGGGUGUGAUCCCGAGUUUUGAGACGCCGGUUGUGAACGUGACGGUUAUAGAGGGCGCCACUGCAGUACUUCCAUGUUCCGUGCACAAUCUUGGAAAACAUCAGGUUGCCUGGACAGACCAAUGGGCGACAACUCUUGCCUACAUGGACACGCGAAUCAUCGACGACGACAGAUACUCGGUGGAUCGUCCGUACGGCAACAGUUGGAACCUGCACAUCAAGGGAGUUAAGUACGGCGACCAGGGCAUCUACACGUGUCAGAUGAACACACAACCGGUGAAGGUGCAGACGGCCAUUUUGAAUGUCGUGGUGCCUCCUCGGAUCGUUGGAACUGUGGGCUCCAAGGUGGUGAUGGUCAAGGAGGGACAAUCCGUCUCGCUUGUCUGCAACGUCACCGGUAUUCCUCCGCCCACGGUCACGUGGUACAAACAGUCGUCGACGAGAGACGGACCAAAAGAGAGUGAGUUCUGCCCAGCGACCUCUAGAAUUGGGUUUUCUGGCGAAAUGUUGAAGAUCCACAACGUGACGCGGUACUGUGGCGGGGUGUACGAGUGUGUGGCCGACAAUGGCGUCAAGCCCAGCUUCAAGCGGCAGAUAAAGGUGGCAGUGGAGUUUCCACCUGAAAUUCGACUACCAACCAAACGAAUCGGCCAAGUGCUUGGCAAAGAGACCAUCUUGGAUUGCGAGGUAACGGCGUACCCUCAAGCUGUAAGCAUAUGGCAUUACAAAGGGAGAGAACUGUCUAAGACAAAGAAGUACCAAGUGGAGGUUUAUGAGCACGAUGAUCACGCGAUAGUUCUGAGUCUGCGCAUCAAACACCUGUCGAAAGAGGAUUAUGGGAGUUACACGUGCGUGGCUUCGAAUUCCAUGGGACAAACUCGUGCUAAAAUGGAGUUAUAUGAGCACAUUGUAGUAACCAGACCGCCACCUACAACGACUACUAUAGUAAUAAGAAAAACAACUCUUGUGCACAAACCAUCCUCUAUUAAAAACAAGUCUCAGUCGAACAGAAAGAGGCCGAAGGUCAAGUUGCAAGAUGAAGAUGUCAUAGAUCCAUACGCUAGAUUACAGCAGUACAGACCGGAUAAUCCCGUUAAGAAAACAGAUAACACAAUCACUCUGGCGGGAUCUUCAAAAAGCAAGGGAACUAACUCUGCAGUUAGUUCCAAACAUUUCGUAAACUGUCAGUUUGUGUUUUCGUUUGUUCUUUCACUUGGCUUCGUGAUGUUUGUGUCUUGAGAGGACCAAAACAUAGACUACACAUUAUGAUAUUUUGAAUGACAAUCUACCCGUUAAUAUGUAAUCGACUACGUAUGCUAUUUCAGGGGCGGAUCCAGGAAUAGUUGGGGUUUUUUGGGGGGAGGGGAUUAAGGGAAAAACGGCACAACAAAAAAACACACCAGAAAAAAAAGAGCCACUUAAAUAAUAUAUUAAUGGAACUGCCCCAUGUUCAGCCAGCUAACGUUUGCGAACAAUUUGAUUGGUUCCCGACGUGGCUAUUUGAUUUACCGUGAAGCGCAUAAAGCAGUCUAGCGGGUGGUUUUUUCUGCUCGGUCUGGCUGAAAUCGGCCCAGGUUCCCUACCCUCCGCCCUUGGAUUUCUCUCUUCUUUUCACACGAUAAUGUGUAAUAUAUUGCAUCACAUUCGUCAUCACCUUGUGUAAACGACUACACAUGAUAUUUACAACAUAUGUGCAACAUGUUACACAUAUUUCAUACGACAUUGUGUAUUACACAAUUGUGUUUAAGAUUAAUUCAUAUUCUAGAUUUACAUGUGCAGUCGACAACACGUGCAAUUUACUUCAAAAUGUGUAAUGGGUUACACAUUGUAUUUUAAAUGACUAUGAGUAAUCGAUAUUGCGACAUUCUACACAAAUACGUGUAGACCGUCUUCAUAUAUACUGCAUUCCAGUGAAAACGCACCACCGAAUGUUCACUUAUUACAGCUUGUGUGAGGUUAUAAAACGCAAUAACCUCGAUCUUUGUAUACAAUGUUUUGGUAAUGUAUUACCUACCAGAAUAAAUCUACUUCUACAAAAUAAUUUAAAUUAAUAAUUAAUUAAUCUAUAAUUUUUGUAACUACAAAUCUUACUGGUGCGUUUUCGAUGGAGAUCAGUAUAUUGACACGUUGCAAUCCACACGAUAUAGUGUAACUAACGGCACUUCUGUAUGUAGCUAAUGUGCACUUUUUAAAACAACGAUCAGAAGCGAUUCCCAGGAUGGUGUUAAAGUGUGGCUGGAUAUCUUCACUGGAUUGGAAACACGGACAUCAGCAUUCGGAUGACUUUAUGUUCCUCACCGUGCUCUUUUCUUGAGGCUGCGUCACCUAGCAACCCGUAUGUGAUGACGUCAUCAUAAUGAAGCCAUCACUCAAUUCAUAUUGUUGGGACCAACUGUUUAUAAAGUUAUUUUGGAUGAAAUUUUGUUUUGUACGUAAUUGUUUGAAAUUGUUUUUGAUAUUUUCUUUGUUUUCCGCUUCCGGACCCAUUUUCAAUGACGGCGGUGGGCGCAAUUCCACGAUCCCAUGAUUAUCGUUACCAUCACAAGUAGGACGGAAAGGGAAGUUUGUAUUUGAUGUAUACUGACAGACCUAGGUUAAAUGUUUUAUUAUUCUUUAAUUCCAUUUCGUGUUUCAUUGUUAUAUGAUAUAAAUAAUCGCACUUAUUUUUAUGCAGUUGUAAAUUUGAAAACCCGUGUUUUUAAUCUGUUAACACCAUAAUGUUGGGGGUUCUUCUUGUUGAGAGUUUUUUAAUAGAUUUGAAAAAAGAAGAAGACUACUUCAUUUUCUAAUACACUUUUGCGUGCACAGGAUAUACCAGUCUUUGAUAUGCACGUCAGGCAUCAAUAAUUUUUGAUACAUGUGGUCACCCAUCCAAGUGUUAACUACCCUUCUAAACUGUUUCCUCUAUUUACUUCCAAAUGGGUUCAUAGCAGCUGGUGUGCGUUUGACAAGACUACAUGUCCACAAUUAAACCAUGUUCUCUUCGAAUAGCGAUUUAAAGCGUUAAUUUGUUAUUGGGAUCGUGGGCUGGAUAGGGGUGGGUGGGGCGGUAUUUAUUUCUUAAAAGACACUUGUACCCUUUGUAAAAACUCCUGGUUUAUGGGUUGUGCAUCUUGAGCCAAAAUAGCUCAACAAAAAAAUAAAAUUGUUUUUCAAUAUGUAUAUGCUAUCUGAAUAUUGAUUAUGUAUAUAUAGUCAGUUGUUCUUGACAGGCUGGGGAAAAUGGGCCUAAAUCAUUGGUUUCAAUAUGAUUUCAGAAAAUUUUGAAAGACACGCCAUUGGAUUUGAAAUCCCCUUCUAUGAUGGAAAAAGUGAUAAUAUAUAAUCUGUUCAAACGACUCUUUGUACACAAAAAUGUAUUGCGGUUAAAAUAAUUACUAAUGCAACAUUUUUCUUUAUUGUAGCUGCAAUGUACUAUUUUGGGUGCACCGGAAGUCGUCUAAAAUUGUCAUUGUAGGCCUAUAAUGUAUUUUCAGAAUGUUUCACAAAAACAAACUUAAGGGGGAUAUCUGGUUGCGCCUACUAGCUGAAUGAGCCGGUCGAUAUAUAUUGUUUUAAUUCGUUUUGUUUAACGACACGACUAGAGCACAUUGAUUUAUUAAUCAUCGGCUAUUCGAUGUCAAAUGUUUAGUAUUAUAAUAUAGUCUUAGAUAGAAAACCCGCUAUAUUGUUCCAUUAGUAGCAGGGACUCUUUAUAUGUGCCAUCCCACAUACAUGAUAGCACAUACCACGGCCUUUGAUAUACUAGUCGUGGUGCACAGGCAUACAAUUUUAAUGUCAGUUUUACUAUAUUUAAGGAAACAUACUGUUUCUUACUUCUAUUAUCUUAUUAAAACACCCAAACAUUUAUUUUCAUUCUCCCUGCUUAUUAAGUUCAUUAUUUAAUACUGUACUAUUGAUUAGUAUUUGCAGAUGUUAAAAUACGUGUAAUACUGGAUGAUCGGAUGAUCGCUGUACCUGAUAGUUUGUUUUUACUUUACUUGUUUAUUUAAAUGAAAACUGCAAAGUUAUGUUCGUAAAACUGGAAUAGUUGGUUGAAAGUUGUGUGUGUACAUUUGUAUAUAUUGUUUAUCAUAAACGUCUUGGUAUUUGUAUAUUAGAUUACGAAUUUUAGUGACUUUUAAAUAUUUUAAUACCUAGAUCUGUUGUAAGUGCGCUAGUACUUUAAAAUACAGAUUGUUCAACUUUGCAUUUAAAAGGAGACCACCAGGAUUUAACUCGCCAAAUUAAUUCACAACGUGUAUCAGACAACUAAAACAAUACAAUAAUGACAUUUUGCAUUUACUCGUAUUUUAUACACCAAAUGUCAUGUCACAUGUUAAUUAACAUAAUGUUAGUGGUUAGUGAGACAGUAGAGGGUGUAGUGCUUAUACACCUACCCAUUGAGCCCUUAAGAACUCGCUCUGGGUUGAAGCCGAUAUCAAGCUGCGAGCUUUGUACCUACCAGCCUUACGUCCGAUGGCCUAACCACGAUACCGUCAAGACCGGUAAGAAAACCAAUAUGGGAUUACUUGGUAUUGUAAACCAAGUUUACUUCACGUCCAGCGUGGUAAUGUCUGUAUCAAAUACAAAUAUGUAAUGUCAGAAUGAAUGUCGGUAAAGUGAGAUUGACCAGCAAUAACGCGACUCACUUCCUGACACUAUAAAUGAAAGUUUGGGUGGCAGGUACCCUUUGCUAUUAGUAUGAUCCCUUAUUUGCCAUCAAUAUAUUUAUAUCAAUUUGAAAUGUAUGUAAAUGUAUGUACCUGUAUCAUUUAACAGUAUAAUCUCUCAGUUGCAUAAAUUUCUGGAAGCCAGUCAGAAUACAAUUCGCAGACUAUAGCUGAUAUUUUUAAGGUAUUGGUUAAGUAUCUGGGCCCCGUUUCACGAAGCGAUCUUAGCACUAAGAUCACCUUAGUGUACACGGUAGCUAUGCACUUAAGGUGAUCUUAGGGCUAAGAUCGCUUUGUGGAACGGGACCCUGGGCCCCUGCUUAUAAAACGUG